UUUAAAAUAAAACACGGAAGGAGCGAUAAUUAGUGAUUUUAAUGUUGAUUUGGUGAAAUUCGCUGUGGGGGCGAAUAUCCUUGGACUCAAGGAGGAAGAUUCUUCUGUUAAGGAGCAUCUUCCUCUUCUUUAUUCCAUUCCCUUUUUUGUUUUCUUUCAUCAACAUUCAUAAAGUUUUCCUUUUUAUUCACUGAAUUCAACCAACUACUUCUCCAUAUCUCCCUCUAUACAGGGGAAUUGGCUAGCACUCGGAACUUUCCAUCCAAACUGGUGCCAGCAAAUUGCUGGCACUCAAGUUGAUCUGCAUUUCUUGUGACAAAAAGCACAUGAGUCCUAACAGUAUACUAAAACGCAGUAAAGCCCUUGAGGGUGUCCAUGGGGUCCAUGUUGAACCUCAUUCACCAUUUGGUUUGACAGAGGAUAAUCAAAACGGGGACUCACAUGCAUCAACAUGUGGAUCUUCAACUACUGAAACAAAUCAGCUGCUGUUAAUGCAACGGUUAUGGCAACAAAGACCGGCAUGCUUGAGACCCAUCCAUUGUUGUAAUCCUAGUCAUGGGGAUAUGCAUCUUGCGGAAAGAGUUGCUAAUGUGCUUACCUCAGUUCCUUUUGUUGCUCUUGGAAUGCAAGCUCCCAGGAAGAAUCUUAGUUGUAAAUUGUAUGCCAAUUCAUUAAUUGGAGUUGGAGUUGCCUCAAGCAUGUACCACUCUUCAAAAGGGAAGUGGAGGAAAUUUUUGAGAUGGGUUGACUACACAAUGAUAGCCACAGCAACCGUUUGUCUGUCGAGGGCCCUUACAAAUGAGAACCCGAAGUUACUAAUGGCUGCUUCUGCAGUGUUUCUUCCAGUUCAACCAAUGUUGGUUUCAGUUAUUCACACUGGGAUGAUGGAGGUAGCAUUUGCAAGAAGGGCACUGAAAGAUCCAGAUUUGAGAAUGGCUCAUACAGUGCAUAAGAUGUCGUCAUUGGUGGGUGGAAUGCUCUUCGUAGCUGACGAUUUAUUUCCUAAAACUCCAUACAUUCAUGCUGCAUGGCAUCUCGCAGCCGCAGUUGGGGUUGGUACCUGCAACAAGCUCCUUGAGUAGGUGUUUCUCCACUCUAUUUGAAAGCUGCAAAAAUCCUGCAGAUUUAGAAUAGUAUCACCAAAAUUUGCCGAUUCUACAUUGUCAUAAGACUAUAUCCUUUAGUGGAUAAUUAGGAUUAUGUUGUGCAGUAGUUGAACCAAAAUUAGAUUCCUCUAAUUCUUUUACCUUCUCCAAUUUUAGUACGCUCUUUAGUUUAAUUCAUUGGAGAGAGGGAUUUAUGCCGCCAUAAACUGGCCGUAAAUAACUAAAUAUAGUUGUUAGAUUCAACGGACAUGAAGCUGUAAAACAUUAUUGAUUCUUAGUUUCUAUUUGAACUAUAUUAUUGGGAUAAAUAAAUAAAUAUGCAUUGCAAUUA